CAUAGUGAUGUUUCGUGUUGCGUGAGAUACAUAAACAAAAAGAAGGAAAACGGGGGAAAUGACCGCGGCCAGAUAGAUUUUCAGGGCAACGAAGAGACGUGUAUAGAUGCAGAAAUGAAAAACAACACGACAGACGCUGAAAGCUACAAGUCUUUAACUGAAAGCUCGUUAAAUUCAUCAGAAAAAGCGGCUGAUAUCCUGCAGCGGAACUCAGACCAAACCCAGAGCGAAGGCAUUUAUCAACUCCCUGCUAUUAUUUGUCUGAAAAUACAAAGAGUAAAUAUGUCUGUCCAUGGCGACAGGUACGACGGAGCAACCAGUGAUGGACAGUUUCAUGGAAAAGGUGUUGCUUCUUUUCAAGAAGGACACAAGUACAAGGGAAUUUUCUCCAAAGGACUCAUGCAUGGACAUGGCACCUUCACACAGGCAAACGGUGUAAAAUAUGAGGGGGACUUUGUGUGUAAUGUACCAAUGGGCCAGGGCACCUACACAUGGCUAGAUGGUAGCACCUACAUGGGGGAGGUCUACAGAGGAAUAAGGCAGAGGAUGGGAACCUACAAAUGUGCCAAACAUGGUGUGUCUUACAAAGGGCAGUGGCAUCAGGGUAAGAGGCAUGGGAAGGGUACAGUUUAUUAUAACGAGGAGGAGACCUCUUGGUACAAAGGGGACUGGGUGAUGAACAAGAGAGAGGGACAGGGAGAGAGGUGUUACCCCUCUGGAAACAUUUACACUGGUGAGUGGAGGAACAAUCUGAGACAUGGAGAAGGCACCAUGAACUGGAUGGAACUAGGACAGCAGUAUGUCGGGACCUGGAAAAAUGGAAUACAGCAUGGUUUGGGCACAUAUAUCUGGAUUUUAAAGCGCGUUAAUGGAUCCCAGUAUGCUCAGAGCAACCAGUACCAGGGGGAAUUCUUUAAAGGUCGGAGGCAUGGGAAGGGAACCUUCUAUUAUGCUGGUGGUGCGAUCUACACAGGAGAAUGGAGGAACAAUAAAAAACAUGGAAAGGGCAAACUCACUGCCGGGAGUGGGCGUGUAUUUGAAUGCAAGUUUGAUGAAGAUGUGAUGAUAGCCGGCUUGAAUGAAAACAAAGCUCCGCCACCUCUGGGUGUCCUUCCACUGUCAGAAAGUGACUCAUCUAUACUAGGACCUGACAUGGCUCUCAACAUAGAAUGUAUCCUGGAGAAGACCCCAAAAAGAGAUCGUGAAAGUGAGCGAAGGCAGGUGGAGUUUGUGGUGCUGAGUCAUCACAUGGAGCUGAGGCUCAUUUAUGGUUUCUAUAGCAGACUUGGCUGUUCCCAUCCUCCUGACAACAUCUUCCUGCUGUCCCGCCUGCAGUUCUGGCGCCUGCUCAAAGACUGCUACAUCCACCAUCAUGGUGUUACUCUGACCCAGAUAGACCGUUUCAUCAGAGAAGAGGCAGGUCUAGCAGAGACUCACUCUCCUUUCACAUCCAUGCAGCGUCAUGAGUUUCUCAUGGCUCUGUUGAUUGUGGCCCUCUACAUUUACAAGAAAGAUAUGAUCUCACACAAGCACCUGUUGGCUGCCUGCCUGUCCAGAUUGAUGACGGAGGAUGUUCUCCCAAAUGCGAGGAAUGUGAAAGGUUUCCUGUUUAAGCAGCCAGAAAUAACAGUGGAGGCUCUGAAGUUUGCAAACAGAUGCUGGGAAAUCUUUGACACCUUCUGCAGGGUCUACUUAACCCACAGAGAUGAUGAAUCCAUGACCUGCAGACAGCUGCUGUGGAUGUUCAAGGAUCUGGGACUGUUUGAUCACCAGUUGACCACAACAAAGUUACUGGAGCUCAUCACUGCAGAGAACAACAACCAGUCUUCCUGUGUGGAACUGGAGAUUUCGUUCCUGGAAUUUUUUGAAGUACUUCUGGGCUGUGCAGAAUUGAAGUUUCAGCAGGUUUCUGGUGCUCUGGGACAGAACCUGGUCCAGAUCAGGCGUCGCAGCCACACUCAUGAGAAGUCACUUGAGGUUGAGAAAAAAGUGGAGACUACAAAUAAAUAUUUCCAGAGACGCGUCACUGUUCAGGAUGUGGGGAAUGAAGACUUUAAAAAUCAAGACCUGAAGGAACUACAGCUUGCUGGUUUGGGCAGCAUCCUGGCUGUCCACCAGUUUUUUAACCACUGUUUCUUCCCUGCUGUUGACCAUUACUGGUUGGUUACCAGGCAUAUGGGGACACUUGACCAGGAUCUCCACGAUGGCAAAGUAUCUCAUUCUAUUGAAAAUUCAACUAAGAUGUUUUCUUCUUGAUCUGUCAAGCUCAAAUAAGACUGUGAUGAGCAGCUACAUCUGAGUAAUGUUAGGCCUUACUUGUCAGAUGUUUCAUCUCAAAACGAAAUCCAGACAUUAAAUGUCAGAAAACUUCAAUACUUUAGGUUUGGGUUGUCACACCUUUGUUGUAUUCAGUUACUCAUAAAAGAAUUUAUCCUCAUUAAAUGUUUUGACAUUUUA